UGUCUGUCUCUCGGUCAGUUUCUUUCUUUCUUUCUCUCUCUCUGUCUAUCUGACAGUUUUUAAGCGUCUAUCGAUCUGCAGAAGAGUCGAUCAAGAGAGGAUCUACAGGCUGAACGAGGUCACUGAUCUGAUCUUCAGCAUUAUGGCGUCUGCGGUGCCUCAGAAACGGAUGGUGUCGUCUGUUUUCAUCACCCUGGCAUCUCCGUUCAAGGCGACCGUCACCCCGACGGCUCACGUCCACAGCAGCUCGGCCCAAAACACUGCCACGCCGCAGCGAACGUCAUCUACAUCCUCAUCCGCUGGGCCGCAGGCUGUACAGAGCAGCGUCCAGAUCAACUCGCCUGCCCCCGUGAGCCCAUUAUACGCCCGAUCCAGACCCCCCAUCACCCCAACACAGACCACGCCCACUGCUGCCCCCUACAGGCUGGAAAACACAGACAGACACCCCAGGGUCAAAUCCAGUGCCGAUGUUGUUACUAGUUACCCAUUCCCUCCUUCUCCUGCACCAGAUGACCUCUGUACUCUGCCUCCUCCACCCCAACAACAUGAACCCUGUGACCUCCCAAACCCUGAGCCAGCAGACACCCCUGCAGAGGUCAGCACUUUGAUGACAGCAGCCUCUGCAGGCAGUAAACUGAACAACAUUACAGAUCCUCAGGCCAUCGAUGUAUGCGGUUUCUGCCGUAAACCAGUUUUGCUGUCUGAACCCGCCAUCGACGCCCUGAAUCGCAGUUAUCACGCCGCAUGCUUUCAGUGCAGACAGUGCCACACGCCACUCGCUGCCAAACUCUACUAUAAUAAAUCUGGUAUUCCUCUGUGUGAGGACUGUUAUCAGGCCAGUCUGGAACCGUGCUGGGCAUGUGGUGAUGUUAUUAAAGAUCACGUGAUUCGAGCUCUGGAACGAGCCUAUCACCCGCCCUGUUUUGUGUGCACAACAUGCAGACAGCCAAUCGGAGAGCAGAGAUUUGCACAGGGAGAAGUUGGGGAGGUUUACUGUCUGCAGGAUUAUUACAGGAAAUAUGCACCGCAAUGCAGCGUGUGUGGAGAGUUGAUAAUCCCGCGUGAAGAUGGGACAGACAGCUACACUGUGGAGUGUUUGGGUCACUCGUAUCAUGAGGAUUGUUACCGCUGUGAGGUGUGUAAUGUACUUCUGUCUCCAGAGCCCAAUGAGAACGGCUGUUACCCUCUGGAUGGGCAGAUUCUGUGUAAACCCUGUCACUUCUCCCUCAUCCAAAGCACACAACAUUAAACGACAACUUAUCAAGACACACAAAGUCUAUUUGAAAGCCAAAAAUGCUGAUGAUGAAUGAUGAUUAUUAUAAACACUUGUUGUUGUUUUUUUUUUUUAUAAUUGUUUAACAUAAUCCACUGUUUAUGAAUGUAUCCAACAUAUCAGCUGUAAUCUGAUGUUUUUGCACACUCGAUAUAAUCUGUACAAAUUAUACCAAAGAAACAAAACCACCAUUUUUUCCACUUCUAUUGUGAUAGUCAAACUGUUUAAAAUAAACUAAUAUAUGUGA